AUGUCCAAUAACUCGAAUUCGACCAUUCUGCAAUAUUUUCCUGCAUCCCCAUAUAUUAACUCGGACAACAAUGGUUACUAUGAUCUAGUAUUGCAACAACUAGCAAGUUUAGCUGUCAAUUCAUCAUCAACUCCCUACCUAAAAUCAUCUCUCUCCUCUGUAUAUUCUGGAAUUGUUACAACUCGGCAUGAAAUAUUGGACUUGAGUUAUGUGUCGCCAGUUUCAUGGGCAUUACUUGGAGCAUUUACACUGUGGUUUGUUUUCCUUCUCUCUCUUGCAAUUUGGAGAAGAAAUUAUCAACCUGUAAAAGCAAGAGACAUCUUUUUAAUGAUUGUAAGCAUUGUUGCCACCUAUUUUGUCAGUCUCAUGGUAACUUUGAGAUUUGCUUUUGGAAGAUAUGAAUUUCCUUGUUUCUUCUUUACCUUCCUGCUUUUGUUGGCUUAUCCAGGAUUGUUUUUGCCUGCCAUUUUGAGAUGUUGGCGAUUAAUUUUCGUGUAUUUAAUAAGUAAGAAGAAACAGCUCAUUACCACCUAUAAUGAAAGAAGACAAUCUUUGGUCAUGAAAAGGCAAAGUCCUCCUCAACCAAUAUUUACAAAACCUUCUCCUUCUAGUGCUGUACAAACAUCAUCACAGCCAACAUCACCUCUCUCUACUACUGAAUUAUUAGAUGCAAAUAUUAAUGCAAACCAACCUGUUUCUGAAACGAACACUCCAACACUACCUGUUAUAACUUCUCAAUCAGCUAAUAACAGCAAUAGUAUAAUGACUGAGGAUGAAACUACUACAACAGACAAUGAUGAAGCAAGAAAUGUUGCGGAAUUGGAUGAUGAUGAUCUUGAUAUUGAAGCUAUUGAAAUCCCGAACUUGGACCAUGACAGACCAACAGAUAGCCCACCACAAUCAGGUAAGACAGUAACAAAGAAACUCGACCUCUUUGCCAAGCUGAGCUCCAAAGCAGCCCUGUCUACCAUCAUUGCUGUUGUUUACAUGAUUCACUUUGCUGUCUUUGUAAUUUUAAUCCUCACAGAUAUUGGAUAUUAUUCAACAAAACCAUUCCUUCAAGGUUGUUUCGUAGGAACCAAAGUCUAUGCUGUUUUAGUGCUUACACUUAUUUAUUAUGUAACCAGUUUUGUCAUGUUAAUUAUUAUUUGGAGAAAGGUUAAGGAAAAUUGGUUCAUCAGAAGGGAAGUUUUCGUUGUCAUGCUUUUUUGGAUUAUUGAUGUUUUACUAUUCUUCGUUGCUGGUAUUUGGGGAAGUUAUAACUUGAUAUAUGAACAUUAUUUCCCAGCUGGUUGGAUUAUCUUGUUUGGUUGUUUGUUUGACAAUGUUGUCUCUUGCUUAAUUCCAAUCAUCUUGUCAUUCCAAACCUCCAAAUAUCAAUGGAAUGAUAGUACUGAAGCUGGUAAUUCUAUUGAGGUGAGAGAAAUUUUGAGAGACAAGAAGGCAAGAGCCUUCUUUAAGGAAUUCGCCACUGAAUCCUUCGUUCCAGAAGGUAUCUUGUUUUGGGAAGAUGCUCAUGCCUUUCUCAAAAUUAAAUCAAAGGAAAAGAAGAAGAAAUUCGCCACUACCAUUAUUUCAAAAUACGUCCAGUAUGGAUCCAAUUUAGAACUCAAUUUACCAAACCGUUCCAUAUGGGAAAAGGAGAUUUUAGACAAUUUGGAAAAGAAGAAGAUUCCAGAUUCUAUCUUUUACAAAUUGGUAGAGCAUGUGGAAAGAGACUUGAUGGACAUCUUUGUCAGAUAUAAGAGAACCACCGAGUACAAACGAUCCAAACAAGAGAUUGAGGAAAAGAAGAAGGAAUUGGAAGCACAAAAGCAAGUGGGUAUGAGAUAAAACCAAAUCAUCCAACUCACAUUUGGGAUGUGAUAGAAGCUCAAACAUCUAUUUUGCACCUUAAAAAAACAAGACCUUAACAAUAUUGUUAAAUGAAACAAAGAAUUGGUAAUAAAUCUAAUAACACCCAUUAGUAUG